AUGGAUGAUAACGAAGAAGGCUUGCUUACCACACUCAAGCAACAGUUCUUUGUGCACAGGAAGGAAGGAAACAAUAUAAAGGCACUGGAGACUCUGGGCAGAAUUUUGGAGAUACAAACGAAAGAUUUAUUAAUAGUUGAAGAUGAUCUAUCUGUAGUCCCGACCCUCAUGUACAUGGGACAGUUGCUACCUUCGAUAGGGAUGCUAAAUGAAGCCUUGGAGACACUUCAAAGAGCUCUUGAUAUAAGGUUGAGGAGAUUGGGAGAAAAACAUGCUGACACAGCUCAAACCUACGAAAGCAUUGGCAGAGUCUUUCUGGAACAAGGGGACGGCAAAAAAGCCCAAACAAUGUUCCAAAACGCUUUGAGUUUCAUGGUCGAGUGUCCAAUACCAGAAUUGUCUGAUAUUAUGAUUCUUAGCGAAAAUGUUGAGAGUCUGAGCGAACCAUGUUUUAUGAGUCGAAGCCAAAGUUUAGCGAUAGCAUUGCGAAUGCAAGGAAAGUUUUCAGAAGCAACCAAGAUGCAAAAAGUCGUACUUGCGAACCUACUACAGAUAUAUGGGGAAGAUCACUCCGACGUUGUAAUGGUAUACACGUUUAUUGCAGGGCUGUUGAAAGACCAAAAUAGGUUGGACGACGCUCUUCAGAUGCUUGAUAAGAGCAUCGAAAUAUGUUAUAGGCUACAAGGGAUGGGAGACUUCAAUCCAACUGUUCUGAUAAUAUCGCUCCGUGACAAAUCAAACUUGCUGGAAGCACAAGGCAACUUCAAAGGUGCAACGGAAGUGCUUAGCAAGGUGCUAAUUAUACAACAGGAAACGCGAGGUGAAAUGCACGUCUCCACAGCAGAGGCAUGUGAAAGCCUUGCAACAGUAUAUGUCCGACGAGACAUGAUAGACGUCGCCAUCGAGACGUACACAACAGCCAUCAAUAUUCGCCGAACAGUACUUGGUGACAAUCAUCCUAGCAUCCAGGAUGGUAUGAUUACCCUGAAAGUGUCCAAGCGCCACCAAACUGCAAAAACAUUGAGAUCACAGGGAGUGACAAUGAAUGCACAAGGCGAUUCGGAAAAGGCGAUACAAAUCUUCCUAGAAGCGCUGGUUGUUUUUUAG